AUGAGUGUUGCUUUAAAUGAAAAUGCAGGACCAUACUCGGCUGCGGCAACGCAAUUCGAGAAAGUCAUUAAAGUUUUAAAACCUCCAUCAUUGAAAGAGCAAGCGGUGAACUCAAGGAAUGUCAAGAGUAAGCUUGAUCGUGAAACGCAGGGGCUAAUUGACUAUAUCAGAACUCCGGAACCAGCGCUUGUGAGAGAAGGUCAUACUUCCAAAGUUCUUGUUAAACCUCACGACCUUUCUCCAUUGGACAAAAGUUCAGCUUCCGCGCCCGAGAUUGUUUCUUCAUUCAUCCCUCCAGCAGAAAAUAUUGCGAAUGAGAGUCGAUUGAUACAUGUGGACGUACCGGCUCGUUUUAGUGACGUCCCUCCAUUGUUACCUGAUGACGCACCUUUGGAUUUGCGAUGUUUGGGGGGUAGACCUGCGCCAGGGUUUGACAUAGGACCCUUGAAGGUUGACUAUUGCGAAAAUGGACUAUAUGAGAAUGAAACUAUCAGGAUGGAAUGGAAAAUGCAGCAGAUACUAUCAUGCGAGUUUGACGAUAGGAAACAGUUUCCUGCAUUUGCAAAGGAAAUGGAAUUACGCGAGAAGAUAAGUCAAUCUAAAUGGUAUCACUAUCCCUUAUAUUAUGCGCUAGGAAUUGAUAGUACUGGACUUUUCCAGUUGAAAGAUGAGUUUGACUGGUACCAAAAGCAUCCAUGGUCUGCUUUUGAUCAGAUUGAGUCCGACUUUUUGGAUUUGGAAUUAGAAGAAAAUGAUACUGCAAACACUUCAAACUCUGGUUUUACUACUGACGAUGGAGAUUUGACACUUCCAAUUUCAGAAACAUCGGAACGGUCACUUGACCGUUAUUUACCCUGA